AUGAGAGAGAAUGUGGAUGUGGAGGAAAUGAAGACAGUGAAACAAAAGAUUUAUUUUCAAUUAUAUUUAUUUCUAUCUAUCUAUCUAUCUAUCUAUCUAUCUAUCUAUCUAUCUAUCUAUCUAUCUAUCUAUCUCAAUAGGUUCAUUAUCUAUCUAUCUAUCUAUCUAUCUAUCUAUCUAUCUAUCUCAAUAGGUUCAUUAUCUGUCUCAAACUGUUCAUUAUCUCUCUCUCUCUAUUUAUGUAUUUCAGUCUGUUCAUUAUCUAUCUAUCUAUCUAUCUAUCUAUCUAUCUAUCUAUCUAUCUAUCUAUCUAUCUCAAUCGGUUCAUUAUCUAUCUAUCUAUCUAUCUAUCUAUCUAUCUAUCUCAAUAGGUUCAUUAUCUGUCUCAAACUGUUCAUUAUCUAUCUCUAUUUAUGUAUUUUCUAUCUAUUAUCUAUCUAUCUAUCUAUCUAUCUAUCUAUCUAUCUAUCUAUCUAUCUAUCUAUCUAUCUAUCAAUCGGUUCAUUAUUAUCUAUAUAUCUAUCUAUCUAUCUAAAAUCUAUCUAUCUCAAUAGUCUGUGUUCAUUAUAUAUCUAUCUAUAUAUCUAUCUAUCUAUCUAUCUAUCUCAAUCGGUUCAUUAUCUAUCUAAAUCUGUUCAUUAUCUAUCUAUCUAUCUAUCUAUCUAUCUAUCUAUCUAUCUAUCUAUCUACAAUAUCUCAUUCUGUUUCUAUCUAUCUAUCUAUCUAUCUAUCUAUCUAUCUAUCUAUCUAUCUAUCUCAUUCAUUGUUUCUAUCUAUCUAUCUAUCUAUCUCAAUCUGUUCAUUAUCUAUCUAUCUGUUCAUUAUCUAUCUAUCUAUCUAUCUAUCUAUCUAUCUAUCUAUCUAUCUCAAUCGGUUCAUUAUCUCUAUCUAUUUAUCUAUUUCAAUCUGUUCAUUAUCAUCUAUCUAUCUAUCUAUCUAUCUAUCUAUCUAUCUAUCUAUCUAUCUACCCACGGUCUCUUCGGCUUCUUUUGUCUUACUUCCUUCAAGAUCCUUUUCGUCAAGGUUUCCUUUUUAAUAUUUCUUGAUUUGUUUCUUCUUCCACGAGGAGACUUGAAUUAUUACAAGCCACAAGAUGCACUCAAGCUAGAGAGUUACCGAAGGGGUUGUUUUUUUCUUUCUCUCAUAUAUAUUUUAUACCUUUUUCUCCACAUUUUUCUUCUUGGUUUGCUUCUUUCAUUCUUCCCCUCUUUAAAAAUCAUUCAGAAUUCGUUCUAUUAUUUUUUUCAUUCACUCUUAUUUCUUCAAUAUUCUCGUUCUUUUAUUUUUUUCUUUCUCUCUUUUUUUUCUUUCUGUUUGUCCUUUCUUUUCAUUUUUUCUUCGUUCGAUAUUUUCUUUCUUUUUUCUUUCUUUCUUUCUUUUUUCUUUCUUUCUUUGAGUUCUUUUUCUUUCUUUUCGUUUUUUCUUCGUUCAAUACCUUUUCUUUGUUUCUUUCUUCCUUUCUUUCUGGUUUUUUUUUCGUUUUUUCUUCGUUCGAUAUAUUUCUUUCUUUCCUUCUGUUCUUUUUCUUUCUUUUCGAUUUUCCUUUGUUCGAUAUGCUUCUUUUUUUCUUUCUUUCUUUCUUUCUGUUUUUUCUUUCUUUUCGUUUUUUCUUCGUUUGAUGUUUUUCUUUCUUUUCGUUUUUUUCUUCGUUCGAUAUUUUCUUUCUUUCUGUUUUUUCUUUCUUUUCGUUUUUCAUCGUUCGAUAUUUUCUUUCUUUCUUUCUUUCUUUCUUUCUUUCUUUCUUUCUUUCUUUCUUUGAGCUCUUUUUCUUUCCUUUCGUUUUUUCUUCGUUCGAUAUUUUCUUUCUUUCUUUCUGUUCCUUUUCUUUCUUUUCGUUUUUCUUUUGUUCGACAUUAUUCUUUCUUUCUUUCGGUUUUUUUUCUUUUCGUUUUCCUUCGUUCGAUAUGUUUCUUUCUUCCUUUCUUUCUUUCUUUUUCUUUCUUUUCGUUUUUUUCUUUCUUUCUGUUCUUUUUCUUUUUUUUCUGUUCUUUUUCUUUCUUUUCGAUUUUCCUUUCUUCGAUAUGCUUCUUUCUUUUCUUUCUUUCUGUUUUUCUUUCUUUUCGUUUUUCCUUCAUUCGAUAUUUUUCUUUCUUUCUGUUUCUUUCUUUCUUUUCAUGUUUAUUCGUUCAAUAUGUUUGUUUGUUUCAUUCUUUUUUCUGUUUUUUCUUUCUUUUCGUUUUUAUUCGUUCGAUAUGUUUCUUUCUUUCUUUCUUUCUUUCUUUUCGUUUUUCUUUUGUUCUAUAUGCUUCUUUUGUUCUUUCUUUCUUUCUUUUUUUCUUUCUUUCAUCUACAUAG